UUGCCUGUUACACGGAAACACACGUCAUGACCUUCUCCAUCCUCUCAAACAAACACUUUACCCGCGUUCCUGUCUGUCCUCUCAUCCGCUUUUCGGAUAUGAAGUUUUAUGUAAUUUAAUUUCCCAAACAAUGAAACAUUUUUACACAACAGAGUCCAUGUGCUCGAUAUAUUUUAAGGCUAUGUGAAUUUCCCUCUACAUUGAUGUCUGGAUGUGUGCGCGCGCGCUUCUAAGCUUCGACCAGUUAUUGAAACUAGACUAGCAACUGAUCUUCAAACCAGCCUGUGACUCAUUAACAUCAAAGUUAAAAUGGCGAAAAGAAGAAAUGUCUCUAAAAUAGUGGUGACAUGCGAGUGGGCAUCGUGCACUUUCAAGAGUCAAAGCAUGGAGGAGUUAAGUGAUCAUAUGUCUCUACAUUUGAAGGAGCAUCUUGGGGAAGGAGAUGCCAUGGAGGAACUGGAGGAUUAUCCAUGCCUAUGGAGGGGCUGUCAGUUCCUGGCGAUGGGAAGCCAAAGUGAGCUCGUCGCUCAUGCCCAUUUCCACAUCUUCCACAGCAAGCUGAAAUGCAUCGGGACUCAGCUUCUUGAAUCCCACCCCGAACUGGCUAGUUGCACUCAAGAUCUCCAUAGCAGCAGUCUACUCCCAGAUGUCUCUGAGGGAUUUGUCUGUCAGUGGCAGCACUGUGAUAGUUCAUUUAAUAAUCCGGAAUGGUUCUACCGUCAUGUUGACAUGCAUGCGCACUGCACUGAGCUCCAGCCACUUCCUGAUCGACAGCAGGCUCUCUUCUGCAGCUGGUCAGGCUGUGAUGCUUUCUUUAAAAUCAAGUACCGUCUGCGGGAACAUCUGCGCAGUCAUACACAGGAGCGGCUGGUCGCUUGCCCUACCUGUGGCUGUAUGUUCUCCAGCAAUACCAAGUUCUUUGACCAUAUUCAGAGGCAAGCAGAACCGGAAGAUUCUCUCACAUGUGGACAUUGUGACAAAGCAUUUGCCAACGAGAGGCUGCUGAGAGACCAUGUUCGUCAGCAUGUGAAUCAUAUAAAAUGUCCUCUCUGUGACAUGACAUGCACGUCCCUCUCUACUUUGAAGAUCCAUAUCAAGUUUCGUCACUGCGAUGAGAGGCCCUUCCCAUGCGACUUCUGUGAGAGCAGCUUCAAGAACCAGCAUGAUCUGCGGAGACACAUGGAAACACACAACGAGGGAGCAGCGUACCACUGCACAGUAGAGGGCUGUGGAUACUCCUCACGCAUGGCCCACACCAUGAACCAGCACUAUAAACGAGUGCAUGAGCAGGACAACAUGGUUCCGAGGUAUAAGUGUCACCUUUGCGACAAGACUUUCUCUUGGUGUUACACUCUCACUCUCCACCUUCGAAAGAAGCAUCAACUCAAAUGGCCAUCUGGACACUCUCGUUUUAGGUAUAAGAAGGAUGAGGAUGGGUAUCUGCGGCUUAACAUGGUGCGCUUUGAGACUGUAGAGGUUACGGAAGAGUUGAUCAAGAACAUGGCUGAAAAGCGCACCCCUCGCAAGGUCUCUGGUUCAACCGGCCACUCCAAGGAGCCCAUGAUGCAUCCCGAUAGUGGCAACAGCACUCCCCAAAACUCUUCAUCGCCCUCUUCUCCUUCCUCAUCUUCUUCCACCUCAGAGCUCUUGGAGGGGGCUGACAGCAGUGCAUUAAAAGGCGAUGAAACAUCUGUGUAUUGUGUGUUGAACACUGUGACUGAGGUGAUUGGGGAGCCAGAGGAAGUGACCCAGCCUGGUGAGCCAUCAGGGGCUGUUAGAGCUCUGGCUGCAGUGGCUAGAGGUCUCGGAAUGGACGUUGUGUAGUCUCAUACUUAUCAAAUGCGGUUUCACAGUGCAGAUGCACUGUUUCAUCAGAUAACCUGUGUAAGAAUACACAACCUGUUUGACCUCCAUUAGAUCAAUGUUUUUAUAAACUAAUAUGCACAUUUCAGAGGAUGAUGCAUGGCAUUAUCUUUUGAUUUUAAUUUUGCUAGUGUUUUAUUUGUUUUGUUUUUGUUUAAAUGAUCUCAGGUGUCUAAUACAUAGUUGUACAUUU